AUGCAAAUUAAAAUUUGUUAUGAUAUAAUAAUCCAUGACAAUCCAAAUUCAGUAAAUGUUGAAAUUAUUAAAAAGGAUGAAAUUACCAAUGAUAAAGAAAAUAAAAAAAAUAAUAUAGUUAAUAGUUUUAUUAUUGUUAAACUAAAUGAAAAUAAUAUUAAUAAUAAUAAUUUAAAUAAUAAUAAUAAUGAUUUAAAUAAUAGUAUUUAUAAUAAUGAAAUUAUUAGUUUUUUAAAUAAAUUAAUUGAAAUUAAAAUAAUUAAUAAUAGUAGUAGUGGUAGUGGUAGUAGUAGUCAGGUUAGUAAUGAUGAAAUUAUUAAAAUUGAUGAAUUUUUAAUUGAAGUUGGUACAGAAUUUAGAGAAAAGAAAAAAAUGAUUGAUGCAUUGAAAAUGUAUUAUCUUGCAAGUAGAUCAAAUGUAAAGAAUUCAACAGCAUUAUUUUAUAUGGGAGUUGUAUUCUAUGAAGAGGGUAUUUCAUAUUCAUUGGCGUUGGAAAGUUAUUCAAAAGCAUUAUUAUUAAAUCCAAAUUAUCCAGAGGUUUUAUGUAAUAUUGGUGUAAUUAGAAAGAAUCUUGGUGAAAUUGAAACAAGUAUAGAAUAUUAUAAACGUGCCCUACAAAUCAAUCCAAACUAUUCACUUGUAAAGAAUAAUAUAGCGAUAGCAUAUAACGAUUUAGGUACAAAAGUUAAAUUGAAUGGUGAAAUUGAUUUAGCUAAAGAAUUCUAUAAAAAAUCAUUACAUUAUAAUUUCAAAUAUGAAGGUACUUAUUAUAAUUUAGGCGUAUUAUUUAGUGAAAGAAAACAAAUUGAAAAAUCAAUUAUGAAUUAUGAAUUAGCAAUUCAUUUUAAUGAAAUAAAUAAUAAAAAUAAUAGUAAUAAUAAUAAUAAUCAAUAUGUUGAAGCUUUAAAUAAUUUAGGUGUAUUAUAUAAAGAUAUUGAUAAUAUUGAACAAUCAAUACACUAUUAUCAAUUAGCAUUAAAAUCGAAUCCAUCAUUCUCUCAAAGUUUAAGUAAUUUAGCAAUUAUUUAUACAAUGCAAGGAAAGAUGAAAUUAGCAAAAAAAUAUGUUAAACUUGCAAUUAAAGAAUCACCAACAUAUGCCGAUGCUUAUAAUAAUCUUGGUGUAGUUUAUCGUGAUAUUGGUAAAAUUUCUCAAUCGAUCAAAAGUUAUGAAAAAUGUAUUCAAUGUUCACCAACAAAUUCUUUAAAUGCUCAACAUAAUAAAUUAUUGGCAUUAAAUUAUUCAACAGAAUUUAAUUAUUCACAAAUUUAUGAAAUUCACCAACAAUGGGGUCAAUCAUUUUUAAAUUCUUUAAAUUUAAAAUAUGGUAUUGAUAGUAAUAAUAAUAACAUAAAUAAUAAUAAUGGAAUAAUUAAAAAAAAAGAUAAAUUAAUUAUUGGUUAUAUUUCAGGUGAUUUUUUUAUACAUUCAGUUAGUUAUUUUAUUGAAGGAAUUUUAAAAUUUCAUAAUAAGGAAGAAUUUAAAAUUAUAUGUUAUUCAAAUAUUUCUAAACAAGAUACUACAACUGAAAGAUUAAAAUCAUAUGGUCAUGAAUGGAGACAUAUAACUGGUAAACCUACAAUGGAGGUAGUUCAAUUGAUAAAGGAUGAUCAAGUUGAUAUAUUGGUAGAGUUGUCAGGUCAUACCUGUGGUAAUAGAAUGGAUGUUAUGGCAUUACAACCAUCACCAAUUCAAAUAUCAUACAUUGGUUAUCCAAAUACAACAGGUUUAAAAACUAUUCAAUAUAGAAUAACAGAUUCAAUAGUUGAUCCAUUAGAUACAAAACAACAAUUCACUGAAACUUUAAUUAGAAUGCCACAAUGUUUUUUAACUUAUUUCCCACCAAUUUCAGCAGCAUCAUCAUCAAAUGAUAAUAUAUCACCACCGUCACCAUCACCACCACCACUACCACCACCACCACCAUUACCACCACCACCACCAUUUUUAAAGAAUGGUUAUAUUACAUUUGGAUCAUUUAAUGUUAUGGCUAAAUAUAGUGAUAAAUGUUUAAAUUGUUGGAAAUUAAUAUUGGAUAGAUCACCAAUUGGAACAAGAUUAUUAUUAAAGAGUAAACCAUUCGCUUGUGAAGAUACAAAGAAAUCAUUUAGCAAGAGAUUAAUUAAAUUUGGAUUCAAUUUGAAUCAGGUGGAUUUGGUUGGUUUAUUUUCUCAUCAAAAAGAUCAUCUUCAAUAUUAUAGCCAGAUGUUGGAUAUUAGUUUAGAUACUUUUCCAUACGCUGGUACUACAACAACUUGUGAAUCACUUUGGAUGGGUGUUCCAACGGUUUCACUAUCAACACCUUCUUAUCAUUGUAAUAAUGUGGGUAAAUCAAUUUUACAUACACUAAAUCUACCUCAGUUGGUUGCCUACAAUCAUGGUCAAUAUGUUGAAAUCGCUUUGGCUUUGUCAAGAGAUAUCGAUAAAUUAAUAUUCUUUAGAAGUAAUCUAAGAAAUUUAAUGAUUAAUUCCCCACUUUGUGAUAAUUUAAAUUUUACUAAACAUUUGGAAUUAAAAUAUAAACAAAUUUUUAAUUCUCAUCACAACAACCAACAAGUUCAUAUUAAUAAUAAUAAUAACAACAACAAUUUCUUGUAA